CUACGGAUCUGAUAACGACAACCCUAACCGCGAUGAAAUCACCUCACCUAGUACUCAGCCUGGGCGCCCUCACAACGGCGUUAUCAAUUCCAUCUCCGCUACAACAGCUUCUCAGUGGAAAUGGCUUCACCACUCUUCAAAAGAACCUUGACAUCCAGAAGCCGUCGUCGAACAAUCUGACCCAUAUCAUUGACUCGUCCCCCCUUCUCUCUUUCCAUCGCGAUAUCACCAAAAUCGAAUCUAUCAGUGGCAAUGAGAAGAAAGUAGGCUCCUUCAUUAUCGACUUCCUCUCCUCGCACAACUUCACCGUCGAGAAACAAAUCGUCGAACCACAGUAUGACACCACACCCGAGCGCUUCAACAUCUACGCCUACAUCGGAGAGGACCGACACCCCGAUAUCAUCCUAACCAGCCACAUCGACACAGUGCCGCCGUUCAUCCCCUACUCCCUCCACGCACCGACCAACUCAGAGUCAAGCCCAGACUCGGCAUCAUUCGUGCGGGAAGACCUCCUCAUCGCCGGCCGCGGCUCCGUCGACGCCAAAGCCAGCGUCGCGGCCAUUGUCUUCGCCGCGCUCGAAACCCUCGCUGAGAAGCCUUCCACCUCACUCGGUCUUCUCCUGGACGUCGGCGAAGAGAACAGCGGCGCUGGCAUGAAAGCGUUCUCAGGUUCUGAUCUCAACCCCUCCCCAUCCUCCUUCCAUACUAUCAUCUUCGGCGAACCGACCAAUCUCUCUCUUAUAGCGGGCCACAAAGGCGCGCUGGGAUUUCGACUUGUCGCGACCGGUAAAGCCGCACACUCGGGGUACCCGUGGCUCGGGAAGAGCGCGAUAUCAGCCAUUCUGCCUGUCUUGUCGCACCUGGAUACCCUGCAGGCCACGCCAUCCGAGGAAGGUGGGCUCUUGCGCAGUGACAUCCUCGGCAACUCAACCCUGAACAUCGGAACGGUGAUCGGCGGAGUCGCGAACAAUGUUGUCCCUGCGUCCGCCGAGGCAGGUAUCGCGAUCCGUCUGGCAGCUGGGACGCCGGACGACACGAGACAGAUUAUCCAGAAGGCCGUGGAAGAUGUUACGGGUGGAGACGGAAGUGUCUACGCGGACUUUGAAACUUAUAAGGGGGGUUUUGCACCACAGCAUCUCGAUGCCGAUGUCGAUGGGUUUGAGGUGAUUACGGUGAAUUAUGGUACGGAUGUGCCUGCGCUGGAGGUGCAUGAGCGAGAGGGUGGGGGACGAGUGAAGAGGUAUCUGUAUGGGCCUGGGAGCUUCUAUGUGCCGCAUAGUAGCCGUGAGGCAAUUACUGUAGGCGAGAUUGAGAAAGCGGUCAAGGGCUAUAAGAAGUUGAUCGAGGUUGCGGCCGAGAGGCAUCAAAGUGGGUUGGAAUGA